AAUACUUUUUUAAAAAUGUUAAAAAUACGUAAUAUUUACACAUUAUUGAAUCAAAAAUCAUCAAUUAACAUACACAGACAACUCAGUCAUGCAACCGAUGAAGUAAAUCGCCAAAACGAACUUUUCUAUCUCGAACAAAAACGGCAAAGAGAAAAUGUAGGUAGAAUAGAAAAAAUUGAGAUACAAUAUGAAGGCGUUCCUGAAAAUGCGACGUUAGUUAUGAAUAAAAAUAUUUCGACACCAUAUGAUUGUGCAAGACAUAUAAACGAAACGAUUUCAAAACGUUCCGCCGUCGCUUUAUUAAAUGGUGAUACCUUAUGGCAUAUGCAUAAACCAUUACCUGAUUCUUGCAAAUUAGAAUUAUUACAUUUUAAGAUCGAUCAACCCAUUGGCGUUAACAAAGCAUUUUGGAGGACUUGUAGUUUCCUUUUAGGUGCUUUAGCUAAACAAACAUUUAAAGAUAACGUUGAAGUAAUUUUGCAUAGUUUUCCAAGUCCAAAUGUUCGAUCAGGAAGUUUUAUUUACGAUCUUCAACUGUCAUUAAACGAUUGGAAACCAACAAACUCAGAAUUAAAAGUUUUAUCAAUCGAAUUGAUCAAAUUUUGCCAACAAAGUCACGUAAUUGAAACUUUAGAUGUGAGCCAAGACUUUGCUUUCACCUUAUUUAAAGAAAAUAAACAUAAAACACAACAAAUUCCCGACAUUGCAGCUCAUAACAACGGAAAAAUCACGUUAUUUAAAGUCGGAAAACACGUUGAUAUCUCAAAGGGUCCCAUGAUUGCAAACACUGAUCAAAUCGGAAGGAUAAGUGUUACAAAUGUUAUUAAAUUGGUUUCUGAUAUCCCUGGAAAUCCGUUGUAUAGGUUUCAAGGAGUUGCUUUACCAUCUAGUAUAGUUUUAAAUCAUUUUGCUUAUGGAUUAAUUGAAGAAAGAGCUAAAAAAUUGAAUUCAGCGAGAAUUCCAACUCAGCAUGGAUUUAAUAGUGAUGAUAAUUCGUUUGUAGCCCAAAUGAAUGUUUAAUUUUAAUAAAGUAUUAAAAAAACUAAUUAAAA